AGAGAGAAAGGUGGAAGUUUUGGCACACGAGGUCAGAUUCCUGCGGAGCACUCCUCCCAACAGGACCAUGUCCACGAGCCCACGCACGAGCCACAGUGCAAGCCUCACCCUACCAUCCCUGCAUCAGACUAGGGUGGUGGCAGGGAGGCUGUCGUCACGGAGCAGCCACGCAUCAAGCUCCCCGGCAAGCUCACCUUGCCUCAACGCUUGCCACAAGCUGUGCCAGCAGGGGGCGCUGUCAGAUGAGCAGUGUGAGAAGAAGGGCACCGGUGGCUGGUGCAAGAGCCGUCCAUCAUCGGAGAGCUUCACGACAGUGGCGGUGGUGCACGAGCCCUGCGAGGGGGCGCCACCGCCGGCGUGGGAUGCCGGAGCAGAGCCAGGCAGCGAGGAGAGCGACAGCUCGAUCCCUGAUGUGGUGACGAUGCCGUCGGGUCCCCGCCAACCCUUACCCAGUCCGGAUGUGACGAGGCACACGCAGGAUGGACACCAACAGCAGUGCCCUCUGCCGAUGAAUGCAUGCACUAAGCUUGAGGAGCAGUUCAGGGAGACCUUCCAGCUGAACAGAAAACUUGCGCUAGAACUCGACGCCGCGAAACAAGAGAUCGAAGUGCUUACCGCCCGACUACGAGAGCAUGACGCGCACGACCUGCAGAGGUCACGAGGUCGUAACACUCACAUGAACGACCCACCCGGUUGGCAUGGCGACGGUGAUGCCGUGGCAGGCGGAAUCUCCGGUGAUGACUGCUCAGCGGAUAGUGGUUACCACGGUCACCGCGAGGCUGACUUCUGCAGCCACGGUGAUGCGUGUGAUGGAAGUGGUGAUGCUGCGGGCAGCAGUAGCCAUGGUGACAGGACGUGUGCUGAGGAUUCUGUGCGAACAUUCUCGAAACCUCCCAAGUGUAAGAAGCCGAUGCAUAGGCUUGACCCUAACUCUACUGCACACUUGGCGAAAUCGACACCCGACUCGCCUCUCCUCGUUCCCUGUCCUGUGAUUGGUUGCCUAUGCAGCAACUGCAUGUCGGGCUCUUGUCGGCGCCUACCUGGGAACAAGAUCUCAGCAAGCAGCAGGCUGCGCACAAAGCUGAAUGACAGGGUUACCACGAAGAGUGAGCUGACAGGCUGUGUAAGAUAUAUCGGCCAUGUGGACGGGAGUGGUCACAAGGACAUGAUAUAUGUCGGAUUAGAGUUGGAUACGCCUGUGGGUCAACACAAUGGCUGCCUCAAUGGAAAACGCUAUUUCCAGUGUGCAAAAAAGUAUGGAGUAUUUGUGCCUGUCAAUGAUGUACUGUACACCAUUCAUGAAUCAAAAAGCGUCGUGGCAUGCGGCGGGCGUAGAGCGGCGGCCAUAACACUGCCCAGACGCAGCAAGACGCCCAUGCAGGAGCUCGUCGAGACGUUGUGAGCGCACACCUGCGCACCUCUAAACAUCCCCGCCGACAAUCGGCGAUCACGUGGCUGUCCAUGUGGCGCCCCCAUUACGAGAGGCGCCACCUGGCUGUCGUUGCUGUAGAAUACACGUUCGACAAUCCAUCGCCGUGCGUCGUGGCGAUGGCGUUUAGCUGCUUGGUGUGUCACGUUGUAAAAACAAGUUGUUGUGUUCAAGAAGGCCCACUAUAUUAAAUCUCAUCAUAUCAUGUUAUAUGAUAUAUUAUGACAUAUAUGUUAUCAGGGGUGUCACAUAUGAGAAUUUGUCAUUAUUAACUCCUAAUGUUAUGUGUAUAUGCUAUGUUGUGUGUGUAUAUGAUGUAAUGUGUGAAGUUGUGUUAUUAUUAUGUUAGGCCACCCUUUACAUAUUGCUUUCUUGGUGUCUACUGGCAACCGUCAAAAUCCUAUCUUCUAAGGAGUUUUUUUAUUGUGAAUGUUUUGUACCUGUACAUGUAUAUGACUAUAUUAUCUGUAUGGUGAAUUAUAUAUUUUUGGGAUGGCCGUCCCUGAAUUGCUAAGUGGGGUAUCUACAAAUAUGUAAGAUUUUUCAGGUUGGCGCUCGGAAGGGUAACCAUAGUGACAUUUUUUCUAUUCGACACUCUCUUUCCUUCUGUUACAUGUGUUAGAACAUGUUAUUUCUGGAAUGGUGCAACCUUGUUUUUUUGUAAUAGUAUAAUAAUAUAAUACUUAUUCAGAGUGGAAUUCGAGAUUGGACCAGGUUCAGGAUCAGAACUCUAUCAUUUAGUGGCCUGUAUUUACCAUGUACUUACGUGUAAAACAUAUAGAUAUGUUUGUAGAAUCUGAAUCCUAAUCGUGACUAUGAGUUUCACAUAAUGUGACGGAUUAGGAAAAUCGCACGCAAUUGUGUUUACAAUGAUGAAUCUGAUUUCGAGAAUACCCUUCCGGAUAUUCAUGCCACCAUGUGUUUUUAUGCUUACAAUGCGUAGCUACUUUGAAAUGUUAAUGUUUCCAUGUUCCGAUGUUUUCUACGUUUAUUUGUAGGCUGUUAGUGUUACAUAUCGCGUUUACGGUCACAGUAUUACACGUUUUAUCGGUAAAAGUUGACCUUCUUAUAAGUUUGUAAAUUGCAAUCAUUGAUGAUUUGAUGACGUUAGACUGAUUCUCCAGUCAGAAAGAAUUUAUGUUGACUCUUUGCAUUGUUACUGCGCGUUUUAGACCGUGCUAACUGCCUGUGUUUACACGAGGCCUAUGUAAACCAGUACGUGAUGCUGCGUGGCCACCCUUUGGUCCUCAAAAGCUGGUGACAGGCAGCGAGAGACAGCAGCAAUACAACUUCAAUUGUCGUUACCCUUGGCCUUGCCAGAUGUUCAGCGGCAAACGAUGGUUGUAUGUAGAGUGCGUCAGGCAUUCACUCUGUCAUCUACUGCGUUUGCUGUCCAGUCCCGGUGAUAGGCCAAUCAUGUGUAUUACGUUGUUCGUUUUUACUUCGCAGGUCGCGGCGUUUUCGACGCCCGGUUUUUACGUUUCCCGCUGCGUUGUUAAUGAUAUGUAGGGUAUGGCUUCAGGUUACAGGGUGCUUCUCCUGCCCCUCCUCCCAUCCAAUGACAUGCAGAUUCUGUGACGCUGUCCCUCCCGACCAUUGUGACUAUGCGCAUCCGUAUGACACUCUAAACGAAUGCACUUGUUUGCACUCGAACUAUAAUUGCUAUAUACUCUUAUACACACAUAUAUAUAUAUAUAUAUAUAUAUAUAUAUAUAUAUAUAUAUAUAUAUAUAUCAUUGUAUGUGUGCUAUUGCAGAGUGACAUCCAUACAAGAUGCUAAGUUUUUGUUUUGUAUGGAUAUUUCCCAUGUUGGGGUGGAAGAUCCAAACCGUGUGUGCUCAGAUGGUCAUUAGGUUGGGGCAGCAGUUGCAGAUUAUCUGUGCAGCUUCAUAUUAGAAGUUCUAGUGAUAAGGUAAUAAAGUUGCACACGUUGCAAUGGUUAAUAAGUUUCUACUUUUCGACUCUAGUGUUGAACGGCUUAAACAACUUGUAGUGUUUGCGUAUUUUCAUUCAAUGUUUAGCAAUGAUGUGGAGCAAAAUCUCACUGUCAACCAUUAACAGGAUCAUGCACAUAGAUGGAACUUUGAAAGUCGUCCUAUGGUCCACGCUGCAUAAAUGCGGUUUGAACUCAAUUUUAUAGUGAAUAUGCACCACUAGAUAGUAGAAAAUUUAUUUUUUGAAUGAUGUCAGUUUUCAUUUAUGUUUUGCAUGGAGAAAACCUAGCCCCAGAGGUAUUUUACGAAUAGAAAAAUAUAUAUACAUACGUUUUUAAGAAAUUUAUGUAACAUUAAGCUGCAGUAUAUAAGAAAAACAUCUAAUGGUGUGUACGAGUAUUUGCACAAAUUUGCAUGCACAUAACAAAUCUAUUAGUAAGUGAGUAUAGUAGGGUUUCUAAAACUAUUGGUGAACUUGUGCGAAAUCGGCAUUUUUUCGAACUAGCAAGAGGGCAGUCACAUUUUCUGCCUAUAAGCAAGCUCCUGUUGCCGGGGACAGUAAUGUUAUCGGCAUAUGAAUUUAUAGCCAAAAACUAUUACCAACCAGGUUAGAUGUGGCUGACAAGGACUAGUUGGAAAAUGGAUGCGAGUUUACAGGGUUGUUCUCGAGAAACAACGGCCUCUAAGCAAGGUAUUUUGAGUAUCGAGUGUACAAUCUAUGUGAAAAGUACUACAGUUAUCUGAUGCCAACGGUAGGGUUCAUACAAAUUCCUACAGCAGUAUGCUAGUGCGAGUGAGUAUUCAUGGUUAUAUUAAAAGUAAUAUCCCUUUACACUCCACUUCUAUGUAUAGACGUACUCUGCCAGCGUGUUUUUCCUUCACAUCUUUAUUUAUUUUUUUAAGUUAUCUUAAUCACUUACCUGUGAAUUCUCUAGCAUCAUCCCCCAAUCAGCCUCACCAAAUUUUCAAUGUAACAGGUAAAUAGUACAAGUAACAUUAUUUUUUAAUUUACACUAUAGAGAUAUCUAGAAUAAACAAAAUGGAUACCUACCACUUAGUACCCAGCUAUCUGUGUAACUGUGGCUGUGGCACAUGACACCCCUUUUAUGAUUUGAUUUGUCUUCCCAAUUAAUACUUUUUAAAGAAUGGUAUACUUGUGGUUGAUGAAGAUGGCUCUUACUUUUUCCAGUAUGGUUUCCUCAUAUGGUUAUUAAAAAUUGUGGUUGUGCAAUGGAUGGUAAUGGACGUGGCCAUGACCAAGUUCUAAAAAGAUGGUUUGGAAAAGGGUCAUAUUACUAAGAGAUGGUCAGUGGGAAUUUACCCCUGAACAGGGAUGAAAGACUGUCAAUCACAUCAACAAUGUGUUACUGCCAUCUGUACUUCCAAAACAGGGUUUGAUAUGUGGUCAGGAUGAUAUUUAAUUUUAUUAAAUCCACUGGCAGAAUAUAUGCCAAUUUUUUUCCGAAUGUUUGUGAAGAGCCAAAAUGUGUAGAGGUCUACACUAUUGGUCAGCCUACCUUAUGUUUAAAAUAGAGCAAAGAGUUUGCCAGAUUGAGAGCUUAUGUGAUGUAUAUGUAACAGUUUUUGAAAAGUAUUUAUUUCUGAACAAUAAAGAUUGUUAGAAAAUAUUUAAUAUA